UUUCUUUUUUCAAUACCUCUGCUUUGACAACAGGGGUCGCUGCUUUUCGCUCUAUGGCUUAAACCUACAAUAACUUGUGAUACGAAAACAUUUUAAACAUAUGUCCCAACUACAGUGAAACUGAGUUACACGAGGACAUUGAGCGGUUAACUACACAUAUUUUUGGCUUGGGUACAUUGGGUGUGAAUAUCCUGACAGACAUCCCCUUAAAUAUCCGGACCAGUGCGGCGCAGCACAUGUGUGAUGGGGGCUUCAAACACGUGAGGUUGUAAACAAGAAACUGGAGGAGCUGGGCAGCCAUUACCUGGACUCAAUGACAUGAAGGCCCCCGUUUUUUCCCUGGCUGUCACCGCCAGUGUGCUGUGUAUGUGCCUGAGCUACACCCUGAGGAGCUCCGUGUCCUGGGUCGUCUCUUCUAACGAUGUGGUGGAGGACGAGGACCUGUCGGAGGAGGUCGCCCCGGCUUUGUUGGUGGACGGAGCGGGGCUGUGGAAGCGGGGUUACCCGUCCUCAAACGUUCUGGGAGACAGCGUGGAGAGCCCCGUGGAGCUAGACAAGCAGGAAGACGGAAAUGUGGCGCAGCUUUCCUCACGGCUGUUUUCAUAUCGGCUGGAGAAAGGGAAGAAGUCGACUAGCGGGGGUCCUCCACCGCACCAAGAGACCGCUAGGACUGCCAGAUACAUAGCCCACACCAGUGACUGGGGACAUCUAGCCACCAUUUCAACUCAAGAGAAGGUGAAACCAUUAUAAACAAACAGAGGAUGUGUUCAUGUCUGUUUUAAAAGAAGAAUUAACGAGCUAAAUGUUCUCAUACUAUCCGUAAAUGCAUGACCUUGCACUUGUAUGGACCCCCUUCAAACUUUUCCAUGAGUUAAAAAUGCAAAGGAUCAUGUUUGGAUUAAUGAAUUUACACUAAAGCCCAUUAUUUAAAGUAGGGGAAAAGAUAUUGAAGGUGUAUUCUAAAAGGAAAAGCAAAUUAAAAGUACAUUUAUGUACUUGGUUGUGAAAUCCCUCAAGAUCUUGUGUAACCACUUGCCUCAAAGUGAACUUUUACCUCGAACUUUUGAGGUCUGUGUUUGGUCUGCGCUUGUUUACUUAUCAAAGGUUUUUUAUUUAAGUCAAAACAUCCUUCUAAAUUUAAAUGUUUAUCAAUUUACUGUAUGUGAAGGGAAAUUUCAAUUGGGGUUUUAAAUGUAUCCAAGGCACUUAAAAUAAGCAGCAACAGAGUCAAAGUUGCAGUUGUUUAUUUUUAUUGACUAUUGGAGUUUUUUUUUUUUAAGUUUAAGUACAAUUUUAAUCUUUUUGUUUUAUUUUAUCUCAUGCACAGAUUAAAGGUCUACCUUUUGGAAACAUCUUCUCAAUCAGUGAUGGACCAGUGGACAACAGCACAGGAGUUAUCUAUUUUUAUGUGACUCCAAUGGACAACACAGUGAUUGACCUGAAAGAUAACCCUUAUGCCUCCAUAACAUUCACAGAGGCGGAGGGAGAAUUUUGCAGGUAAGCCCCUGUUAUUUCAUGUACCGCACUAAUUAAGGGAGGACUAACCUUCCUUAAACACAGAUGUAAUUUAGCCCUGGCCCUAAUGAGGUAAAAAAGCAGAAUCCUCUACUUAUUCACACCAGUAAACAAUGUGCAUUUGCAUUGCUUUGUUAUAAUAUGACUGGAGCUCUGUGGCCCAGGGCUGUGGGCUGCUCUGCAUGGUCAGUGAUCUGACCUUGACUUAAUUUACUACAAAUAACCUACAGGCGCACAAGAACUACAACACCUGUGCUGUUUGUGUUCGUGAAUGGAAAAUGGUCCUCUGUGUUUUCAGACAAAUGGCGUAUGAUCCAGAAGAUCCACGAUGUGCUCGACUUACACUUACAGGCAAGAUGGUGGAGGUGGCCCCUGAGGAGCUAGCAUUUGCCAAGGAGGCAAUGUUCUCACGGUAACUCAGCUUGUGGACUCUGCUGGGGUGUAGAGAUACAUAAUGGCUACCUUCAACCUUGAAAUUUAGCAAACAGCACUAUUUGUACACAUUUUUUGUGUUCCUCUCUUUUGCAGACAUCCUGUGAUGGCCAAGUGGCCAGUGGGACACAAGUGGUUUUUCAUGAAGCUGGAGUUGAUCCAGGUGUGGCUACAGGACUGGGUGGGAGGCGUGUCACUCAUUCCACUGGAGGACUACUUUAAAGCGACUCCUUUUUGAGAUAUCUCUUACACUGCAUCAUGUUAGCCAGGGGCCUAUACUACAAAGCAAGUUCAACAUUCCCAGGCAUUUAUAAGUAAGAUGGCUUCUCUAAACCUGAAGCUUCAUUUGGAGAUGACAGGUUAUUAAUUUACUCUGUUAACUCAGGCUAUGAGAAAAGAGUAAGUUACCAUGGUGAUCUAGCCAGAUUAGACAAGAAAGCUUCAUGACACUGAAAAACUUGUUUUGGCUGAUCAGACCCAGUUUAGCUUAUCCUCUAAUGCUGCAUUGUGGUAAAUCCAACUGUCUGCACCUGAAAUGCCAAUCUGGUAAGGGACAAGGAGUCUCAAAGCAACAAAUGUGAAAAUAUCUUUUUAACGCUGCAUUGCAGCAUUGCAGUUGAAGUAUGGAUGAACAUCCUUACUGUUCUUUUCUGUCUUUUGCCGUCUUUUGCUUCUAAACUUGGCUUGUCGCUCAGAAUCGAUCAGAUUCAUAAAUUUGAUGUUUGAAUGUAUUCCUCGUAAAUCAGGUGGUAAUGUGAUAAUCACAGCUGCCAUAUGAAAUGUUUUGUCUUGUGUAUUAUAUCCUUUUUAAACAUUGAUCACAAGUUUGGGGCAGGGGUUGAUUUUAAAAAUGUGUGCUGUUUAAAAAAUAAAUGAAUGUGGGCGCGCACAUUUGCCAUGCUUCUCUUUAAAGAAAAAUUAUGUCUGAUAUAUUUAAAUAUAUUUUAAUGUAGUGCCUUGUAGAAAUCACAGAGGUGAACAAAACAGUGUCAACCCAAGCGCUAAGCCAAAAUUUUAUCAAAUAACUGGCCAAUGCUCUUUUUUAAUAAAGAAAAAUUAAAAAGGUAAGUUCUUUCCACAUCUAUAGUUAAAGGUAACACCUGCUGAGUUGAACACAGAGCAAGAAGUGAACUGAAACACUUGUUUAACAAAAGUGUUCUCUCUCCAUUUGAAUCAUAAUCUGUCUCAAAAGCUGACAUCUAAACAAGCCAGGACUUGUUCUCAAAAAUGUGCCUGUGAUGUGUGUCUAUAAUUGAGUGCCUACCAACUGACACAGACAGAAAUGACAUCUAUGAGUGCAGUUGAAAGGCUGGUCCACUAGAUGGCGCACUCACAGCUUUUAGAGUAAAGGAUCACUGAUGCUCAGGAAUACACAAGUGAACUACUGUUUGAAGCAUCUGGAUAUUGUCGCCUUCAUAGAACAUCACUUUCUGUUAUACUUCGAGUGUCUAAGUUUGUAUAACGCUUAUUUGAAUCGUGGUUUGGGCUCAGUGAAUUGCACAGCCAUAUCAGCAAUAAAAGAAAAUAGUGAUUUCAAGUUUUCAGACAUAAACAGACUCAAGUCUUGUGUCACAUCAUGCGUGUAGUUGCUUCGUUUCGAUUUUUUGGCUUUAUUUUGAAAUGUGUAACCGGAAGACUUGCUUACUAAACCACGACUUUUGAAACUGUAGACAUGUGCAUGUCCAUAGUUUGCUUCCACAUUAACUCUUAUGCAGAUAUUGGUGACAAACGUCCACUAAGGGUCACCUUUUCCUCUUCAUUUGACCAUAACUUUCACUGUAUUGCAGCAAAUGGCAUAAUAUUUGCUGACAAACCUUAUUUUUGCAUAUAAUUUAAAAAAUUGAUUUCAUAAUUUUUAGAAAGUCAAUAGUACAUCCUCGGCAAAUUUAAAUAUAAAUAUUUUUUUAUUGUUAUUUGUUUUUUGCAUAAAUCUUUUUUCUGCAUUCAAGACAUGUGGUUAUAAGGGGAGUCAAUGGGGCAAAAACAGCCACUAAUACAGCUAAAGGAAGUUUUUUUGAAAAUCUGUUGCUGCACAAAAACUAAAAUAGCUAAUUUUGUGUGUAUUUUUCCCAAAAUCAGUGACUUUCUUUUUUUAAAUUGGCAUUUAAAGGGUUAAACUUUCCAUUUUUAAAAAAUAUUUCUAGUUUUGAUCAAGAUUGAGACUGAUUAAAAGAUUAAUGCAAAAAAAUAAAAUACAAAUAUAUUUAUCUGAUAUUUUUACAACUGAAAACAGCCACUAAUACCGCUAAAGGAAGUUUUUUUGACAAUCUGUUGCCACAAAAAACUAAAUAUGCAUCAAAUCCAAUUAUGUUCUUCAUCUUUGACAUAUCCAAGACUGUGAUAGUAGGUAAAAAAAUCCUUUCAUCGAUCAUUUGUUAUAUUGAAAGUAGGUAAUUUUGUGUUUUUCCCCUCCUAAAAUCAGUGACUUUAUCUUCUAAAUUUGGACUCAAAGGGUUAAUGAUUUGGGGUCCUGAUUUUUAAAAAAAA